UGCUCUGAUGUCAGUCAGAAUGGCUCCUCCUCUUCCUCUGAUCUUUCUGCUCAUGAUUCACGGGGUUUCUAGUGCUGAUUGGGGUGUGAGUUACAGUCCUUCACACAUCUGUGCACUAAAUGACUCAUCAGUGAUAAUGAGCUGCACUUAUACAUACCCUUCUGGAUAUCAGAUCAUGAGAGUGUUCUUGACCAAAGGUGCUGUAAAAAAGGGUGAAGAGCUUAAAGAUUUGUCUGAGGACCCUGAAUACAGUCAGAGGCUUCAGUAUCUGGGAGAUAAACAGCAGAACUGCACCAUCAGACUGAGUCAUGUGACACUGAAGGAUUCACACGAGUACUAUUUCAGAUUCAUCACUGAUAAACCUGAUGGUAAAUGGACUGGUAAACCAGGAGUGACUCUUGCUGUCACAGAUCUUCAGGUGGAGUCUCCUGAGAGAGUGACAGAGGGAGAUUCAGUCCGUCUGACAUGUAAAAGCAGCUGUAAUCUGACUGACAGAGCAACAUUCAUCUGGUACAGAAACUCACAGCCAUUAACUGAGAGAAGAGACAGAAACAAUGAACUCCUGCUGCAGUCAGUCAGAAGAGAGGAUGCAGGCAGAUAUAGCUGUGCUGUACACAGACACAAUCACAUCUCUCCUGCUGUUGAGCUCAAUGUCAUGUACCCUCCAAAGAGCGUCUCAGUGUCCAUCAGUCCAUCUGGUGAAGUAGUGUCAGGAGAUUCAGUGACUCUGAACUGCAGCAGUGAUUCAAACCCUCCUGCAGAAAUCAGCUGGUUUAAAGGAGGAACGUUUGUAGGAUCUGGAAGAAUCUACAACAUCUCAAAGAUCAGCUCUGAUGACAGUGGAGAAUACAAGUGCAGAUCCAUCAAUGAACAUGGAGAGAAAUACUCUGAUGCUGUGACCUUAAACGUCAUGUAUCCUCCCAGGAACAGUUUCAGUGCACUACAGAGUGGACGCUUCUACUGUCAGGCUCACAAUCAACAUGGAUCUCAGAGAUCAGACGCUGUAACUGUCACAGGUGAAGCUUUUAUUAACACACUCCUGUAUCUUCACAUCAUUCAUCAGUUUGGAGAGUUAAUCAUGAUGAUCUUCCUCUUUCAGUUCAUCAUGGUGCUGGUCUCUGAUCCCAGUGAAGACACAUAUACAGCUCUUGAUCUCAAGUCCAUGACCUCUGACCUGUACGACACAAUCACAGUAAGUGAGAUGGCACAAGGAAACUGUAAGCAAUUUCCCUCCCCAACAUUCUUUGUACAAAAGCAGAUGCUGUUUUCUUCACUCUAUGAAUUCUGUGUUUCAGGGGUUUCUAGUGCUGAUUGGGGUGUGAGUUACAGUCCUUCACACAUGUGUGCACUAAAGAACUCAUCAGUGAUAAUGAGCUGCACUUAUACAUACCCUACUGGACAUCAGAUCAAGAACGUGUUCUGGACAAAAGGCGCUGUAAAAGAGGAUGGAGAGUAUCUAGAUCUGUCUGAGGACCCUGAAUACAGUCAGAGGCUUCAGUAUCUGGGAGAUAAACAGCAGAACUGCACCAUCAGACUGAGUCAUGUGACACUGAAGGAUUCACACAAGUACUAUUUCAGAUUCACCACUGAUAAAGACAAAUGGAUUGGUAAACCAGGAGUGACUUUUACUGUCACAGAUCUUCAGGUGGAGUCUCCUGAGAGAGUGACAGAGGGAGAUUCAGUCCGUCUGACAUGUAAAAGCAGCUGUAAUCUGACUGACAGAGCAACAUUCAUCUGGUACAGAAACUCACAGCCAUUAACUGAGAGAAGAGACAGAAACAAUGAACUCCUGCUGCAGUCAGUCAGAAGAGAGGAUGCAGGCAGAUAUAGCUGUGCUGUACACGGACAGAAUCUCAUCUCUCCUGCUGUUGAGCUCAAUGUCAUGUACCCUCCAAAGAGCGUCUCAGUGUCCAUCAGUCCAUCUGGUGAAAUAGUGUCAGGAGAUUCAGUGACUCUGAUCUGCAGCAGUGAUUCAAACCCUCCUGCUCUGAACUUCAGCUGGUUUAAGGAGAAUGAAAGCUCAGCUGUUGGAUCUGGACAGAGUUUCAGUGCACUACAGAGUGGACGCUUCUACUGUCAGGCUCACAAUCAACAUGGAUCUCAGAGAUCAGACGCUGUAACUGUCACAGUUCAUCAUGGUGCUGGUAGGAAUGUGAUUGUGAUCGCAGCGGCAUCUGGAGGAUUAUUCUUCAUCAUCAUCAUCAUCAUCAUCAUCCUCUUAAUAAUGAGGAAACGAAGGAGUGAUAAAACUGAAGAUCUCACAGUGACACAGAAUGAUCUCUAUUCUGACGCGUCACAGAGAGUUUCAGUCCUUGACGAGCCUCUUUCUGAACCGGAUUCAGCCAAUGACGCUCCGUAUGCCAGUGUGAAACCAAAGAGAUUCAGAGGAAAAACUCCUGAAUCCAGAGAUACUGAGGAGAUCCAGUACGCAACUGUCCAACAUCACGGAAAGAAAGAGAUGGAGAGAGAAGAGGAGAAUGAAAACCAGUACGACAAUAUAAGAGUUCAUCAGUCCGAUGCUGCCGUGAGGCGAUCAGCUGUUGAAACUGUGGAAGACGCAUCAGUGAUCUACAGCAGCGUCAAAUGAGUGACAGACCGUCAUGAAGCCUGUGUUCAGACAUCAAUCUGGACUGCUGGGAAAUGGAGGAUUGGAUAGUUGUGCAGUAAUUUACCCAUCUGUUCGAACCACAACCAAUACAAACAGGUUCAACACCCACAUUAAAGGCCUGUUUACACCUGGUAACUUCAUACGUUUUCUCUGAUCAGAUAGCUAUCCGAUCGUGAAUAGACCAGGAGUAAAUGCCUCCGAAACGCAUUUGAGACAGAUUUAAAUCCGAAAUCCGAAGUAUAAAUGCAUCUGAUUGUUGAAACCAUAUAUGUAAAUUUUACUCUUCCCAAAAUAGCUAAAAAAAUAGACGUGUGAGAGUGUGUGAUAGGCUAAAUAUCAUGUCAGAUAUGACAGCGUUACUGCAUCGCCACAGAUGAGCAGCUGAGGAUCUCUUCAGCAGGCCGACACGCAGACUGCCGCAAAUGAAACUGAAAGUUAGUCGCAGACGCUCAACACACAAUCAUCUUCAUUAAAGGUAAUAAAACUAAAUGAUCUUACCAGUGCUGUUGCCGCGCUCUCUGCUAUUGCAGUCUUUGAUUUUGAAACUAGCUGAUAAUAAAAUGCAGCUCAUACAUGUUGCUUUCAGUGACGUGAACUCCUUUAAAUUAAAGAUUGGAUUUAUAUCCAUUUUGUGGAGACAUAUUUAUGUGGCCAAAUGUGAAUGGAGUCGUUUUGAUAAAUCAGAUAGCUAUCCGAUCAGAGGAAACGCAUUGUGACCAGGUGUAAACAGGCCUUCGUUAAUCUUCGGAAUGCAAAUUAAGAUAUUUUUUGUUUAAAUCCAAUGGCUCCGCUGAUUCAUUUAUGCUCCGAAGCUUCCUGAAGCAGUGUUUUGAAAUCGGCCAUCACUAUAUAAGUCGUUAUUUUGUUUUUUUUGCCACACCAAAAAUAUUCUCGUCGCUUUAUAAUAUUAAUAUUGAACCACUGUACUCACAUGAACUGAUUUAAAUAUGUUUUUAGUACCUUUAUGGAUCUUGAGAGAGGAAAUGUCAUUGUUGGCUAUGCAGGCCUCACUGAGCCAUCGGACUCAAAAUCGCAAUCUGAAAAAUGUUGUUCACAUCACUCACCUAAGGUUGAGCCAAUAAAUAUCACUUAUACUAUAAAUAAAAAAAAUGUCAAUUUGUAACUCUUUAUGGCAAUAUCACAUUUAUUUUAGUUACAUAAAGGAUGUUUUGACAUGAGCUACCAACAAUAGUCCAGUGAUAUCUGUACUUCUUAUCAGUAUUAAAUGCAUUUAUAAUGUGUGCAAAUUAUAUGGAUUUAUGUAUGAUAUGAUGUAUGUGCACAUUAAGAACAAAUACUUUCAAUAUCAAAGCAACAUUUUAAUAUGCAACUAAAUGCAUAUUUAUUGAUUUAUGUAAUCAUCCUAAGGUGUGAUAACAUCUUUUUUCUUUAUUAAAUAUGAUCCGCCACCAAACACUCUCACAGAAGUCAACUGAGUCUGUUGAGUUGCUUUCACACUUGAAUACACCUGUAUCAAUUAAAGGGGUUUUACAUUAAUAUAUAACAUUAUUAUUCAGGUACCUGAUAUUUUACAGCUUGCUCCUACACAUGAAGUCAUUGACAUUACAUUGAAGUAUGAGCUAUUUCUCCAAUUCAGUACAAAAAAAAAUAAAUAAAUAAAAAAAUCCAAAUGAGUGAACACA